AUGGCGAGAAAGGAACGACAGUCAACAAAGAACCAACUGGUGACCUUGGUUCAAAAGGUCAAAUUGUGGGAAAAGGGACUUCUCUAUACAAAAGGUCAACUAGGUGUCAACGGACCAAAAGGCAAGAAAGGCUCAAUCGGCGAAAAAGGUCAAAGAGGAGACAAUAGUCCUAUCGGUAACAGAGGUCAAAGAGGCGAUAAAGGAACCGCGGGAAGUAAAGGUGACAAUGGAAAAUUCGAAGACAAAGGAUCAGUUGGUGACAAGGGUACAAUCGGUGACAAAGGUCAAAUAGGUAACAUGGGUCUCCCUGGAGUUCAAGGCCAAACAGGUGAACCCGGUCACAAAGGUGCCAAUGGUGAAAAGGGUUUGAAAGGGUCAUCUGGUGAUUCAGGAAAGGUUCCUGUAGUUCUUUUUCGUGUUCGAAAAUUCUCGCCAGACUCCGAUCUUUCAGGAACAGUAAUCAGAUUUCCUAAUGUAGAUAUCAAUUCAGGCAGUGGAUAA